AUGGUCCAGAUUUCAGAAAUUGAAGCUUAUCUAUCUUCCAAAUCUAGAGCUGAACACUUUAAUUUAUUAUGUAUUAUUGAAUCAAUUGUCGGUGGGCUGAUGCUAGAACAACCUGAUGAACCCAUAAAGUAUAUCAAAAGUCGCUUAGAAGAUACAAAACGCAUCAGCAAAAUUGCAAAAGUACAUAGAGAGUUACACGUUUGGCCACACCAUCCAAUACUAAAUUCGUGUAAAUCUUUCACGAACGAUGAAGAGCAAACAUUUCUAAUGAACCAUUUCCUUCAUCAUAUAAAGAUUUUACAAGGUGGAAACGAAUAUCUUGAAGAUCGUCCAAAAUUGAAUCUAGGGACUUCGAGAUUAAAAAUCCAUUAUUUUCACUGA